AUGGCAUGUUAUUUGGGAAGGAAGAGCACAAACAAUGAAGACAGGAAUGCUUGCUGUAUAGUGAAACGAAAAGAAAACUGGUAAGAUGCAAAUGAUGGAUAUUCUCAGCACGGUGUUUAUUUAUUACAUUCAAAUCCCCCACCUUCCCUGAAAAGUGCUCAGGGUGGCUCUCCGUUCCACCAUUUUAUCCUCAGAACAACCCUGUGAGAGGUAGGUUAAGCCGAGAGACAGUGGCUGGCCCAAGGUCACCCAGCAGGCUUUAUGGCUGACUAGGGAUUUGAACCCAAUUCCCCCAGGUCCUAACCCAACAGCCUAACCACAGUGCCACAUUUGUUUUAAAAUAGGAUCUUUUAUAUGACCAUGCAGUGGUACCUCGGAUUAAGAACUUAAUGCGUUCUGGAGGUCCGUUCUUAACCUGAAACUGUUCUUAACCUGAGGUACCACUUUAGCUAAUGGGGCCUCCCGCUGCCGCCGCGCCAUUUCUGUUCUCAUCCUGAAGCAAAGUUCUUAACCCGAGGUACUAUUUCUGGGUUAGCGGAGUCUGUAAUCUAUAACCUGAAGCCUCUGUAACCCAAGGUACCACUGUAUAUGAUUUAAAGGUAUACUGUUGCUAGGGACUUUAGGUAAAUGAUCCUUUUAAAAUAUGUAUUUUAAAGUUUUGGUAUGAAAUAACGAUAAUUAUAAUGAGCCGCAGGACUGAACAGCACUGAAGAGGGCUCAUCAGAGCGGAUGGUUUUGGGCGGCGGAAAACAACAGUGUCCUGGGGUCAGGACUGAGAAGCCCAAAUGAGAGAAUGCAGGCAGUUAUCACAUCAGGACCAAGCAGAGAAAAGAGAAAGAGAGCAUCCUGGGCAUUUUGGCAGAGACCAUCACUGUGAGGCUAAAACUGAGGGAGUUUAAAAAAAAAUCGGGGCUCUCUAGCAAUACGAAGGGACCUCGUGGUGCACAGCAUAACUGGAAGCAUCUCUGUGAAGAUAAGGAAGAAGAGAAGGCUGUCCACAUGGCGGCCCGGGGAGUCGGAAGGGUGGGAGGGGGGGCGAGCUAAGUACAAAUUUCUGUUGCUGCGACACGCCGUCAAUUAAAAAUGCAAAGCAGAUUGACUCAUGUGUGAAGGGGGCCUGGGGGGAGCCAGGGACUGUCAGGCCCGAUCUAUCUGCCCGGCGACACACACGAUUGUAGGAUGGGUGGGUGGAAGUGGCAUGGGGAAAGGGGUGGGCGAGAGGAUGCCUGGAGGGAACGGAUUGCCGAGGAAGUCUGGAGCACAGAGUCCCUCGCGCUUCUGCUCCUUCUGCACGCACCGCCGCCACCCCCUUGAGAAAUGCAAAAGCAAGCCGUCUCCAAAUCUAUCGGGGCCUGGACUCCCCGAGUCCCAGAUAUUUCUUUGGGUCCAGUUACAGGUUAUGGAGACCUCAAAACCCCUUGCGGUGCUGCCUAGGUACCCAUGCUUGGCUCUGCAGAAUAUAUCCUCAGCCUGCCCCCACGGUGAAUUGGGGGAGCCUGCCUUGACUCCCUGUCCUUCGCUGCUCUCCCUUGCCCCCUCCCCUCAGCUCCUUCGCUUCCGAUUAUCUCCUGCCACUGACAGGGCCCUGAUUUCGUUAAUUGCGACUUUAAGGUGGUUCUGUUCAAAGGCAUGCUUUUACCCCGGCUAAUGCAUCUCAAGGCUGCCCCAGAAAUAGCAGUUUGGACGGGGUGUGUGUGUGUAUCUGUGUGUGUGGAUUUGGUUAGCAGAAAAUCCUCCGCCACAUCCCUUGAGGCCAGAGAUGGAGAGAGAAAGAAGGAGUUUUAACAGUAGCCAGUGAUUUCCAUAGGUCCAGGUUCAGAAAUAUGAAACAAGAGUCACAACUAGAUAGGGAGGGGUGUCAUAAGGUGAGGGCCAGACAGGAAAAAGGAGGGCCACAAGGCUGAAAGGCAGCAAACAGGCCUCUUUGGGGAAAUCUGGUGGAGCUGGAAAUAUUUCCUUGCGUUGCUUCCACACCGCCCCCCCCACGUCAAGGAACCUCCAAGCAGAGGCCAAUGCAAGGUGGCACCCAUUGCUUGCUGUCACAAGGCCUGAGCCCUUCCCCCAAACCAGAUCCUUAGCACGUGUCACUUCGAUGUGAGGCAGGGGCUGGGCUGGGGCGAUCCAGCGCGGCGGAGCGAGCUGCCGCUGCCCUCCCCCAACCAUCUCUCAGGGUCCUGGAGAGGGGGGGGUGUUGGGGUGCCAAGCACGUCAAAUCAAAGGGAUUGGAAAAUACAUCUCUCCCCAUCACCCACCCCCGAGGCUUUCUCUACCGUUCUGCUAGUGUGCCCCUCUCCUCCAGCCUUUGCCAACCUGGUGCCCUCUCCAGUUGAGUUGUAACCCAAAACAUCAGGAGGCCUGCAGUUUGGAAAAGGCUGCUCUAACUGGAGCCAUGGGCUGGCCAAAAUCCCAAGCUUGGGGUCGUGGGACCCACCCCCAGGGCUGGCCCGAUACAUUUUGCAGCCUGAGGCACAGCAGCAAACAGUACCCGCCUGAGCCAGUUAAGGCUCACCACGUUACUUUAGCACCUGAGGGAGAAAACCCCACACCUCUUGCCUUUGCAAUAAGAAUACAUUCAUAGUAAACAAAUAAUCAGGGCAUCUAAAAGUCAGUUCCCCGAAGCAACUAUCUUGGGGUGUUGCUAGGUCCUUGAAAGCCUCUAUGGGCAAAGGCACAUAUUUGCACAAGCUAAUAUCAAGGAAAUGACUUCUGAUGAAUUAUGGGGUGCUGUCACAUUCCAGGGGUCCCCAUCUGGCCCCAAACCAGCUUCUCACCAAAGGACGCAACAACACAGACAAGGUUUCUGGGGUAGCACGGUGCAAACAGACCAAGGUCAAACAUAGGGAAGCCGUAUAGGUCAGCCAUACAUCUGGAAUUUCCCAGACAUAUCUGGGAUUCAUCUUUUGGAAAUAAGUGUCUGGGCAGAAUUUCCUAAAAUAUCCAGGAAAACCCGGGCGUAUGACAACCCAUGUCAGAAGUGUAGGUUUUCCGGCGAAUUUCCUAACAAAAUAGCUCAACAACAUCUUUUUUUGCAAAAAAAAUCUCAACAACUUUUGUACCCGGAUUUUUACUUUUUGAAAUAUGGCAGCCCUAAACUAGGCUUGAGAGGCAAGGUCAAGAAACCAUUGAAGGUCUAUUUUUUGCAGAGUAAUUCACAAAGUACAACACAGUAAGGGUGGCAAAACUAGAGUCUGCUACAAGAAGCCGGAGGCCUGUUGUUUCAAGGCACUGGAAGGCUCAAGAAGAAGGCCUUAAACCACCACUGCUGGCCAUGAAGAGGUUAUCAGGGCUUGCUUACUCACAGGUAGACCCCUUCCUCACAAGUAACCCAAUGACUCUAGAUCCCAAUACACAUACUGUGCUGUUGCUCUUUGGCCUGGACCUAAAGGUUCUGGAGGCCUCAUUCUCAAGGCCUGUGGGGCUGCUCCACCUCCUCUUCUGACAUUUCCAGAGCUUCUUCCUCGGGUAUCAACACAGUCCUGCCUGCUCCUCUGGCUCCUCGACCUGCGGGGUUCAUCCUACGACAAAACCUACUCCAUACCUGGCACCAGGUCAGGGCUAGAAAGGGCAGCAACCAGCCAUGUGUUUUAAAUGCACAAUGCGCAGGCAGUCCCCGUUACAGAGCUUCAGUGUUACUUUCCUAUUUCUAAAAUGGUGCAAAUGUUUUCAGGAGCGGCUUUUUGAUUGCUUAAGCUCUUGACGAUAAUAUAAGACGAAGCAUGCCUGACUAACUUCCUCGCAUUUGCACAUAAGGCCUUUUUCAGCUUUGCAAUGGAUUAUGGGAUAUUGCUUUAUUUGAUAUAAGUUGUUUAUUUUAAGGUUAUUUCGGCUUUUUUGUACUGGAUCAGAUUGCUGUGAGGCUGCCUAAUUUGUUGUUUCUUCAGCUUGUAAACUGCCUUGUGUGUUUAGAAAGGCGCUAUACAAAUUAAAAAGGAAAUAAAUGAGAAACUGAGAGGAACCAAAACGGGCGUAUUCACACACCUCCACCCUUGACUCACAUUUCUGCCUCAUGGGCAUAGUCGGGGAGGGCAGGGAACGGCAGCUCCCCCCCCCCCCCCAAAAUCAAUAAAAAUACAUGGUAAACUGAGGUUCUACUCCCCACCCAACAAAAGGCCUGCCCCCCCAACAAAAAUCCUGCUAUGCCCAUGCUCUGCCUUGCUACACUUUCUUAACAUGCCCCUCCCCUCCCCUGGUCAAUUUAAUCCCCACAAAUUUUGAGCUUUGUCCAAUUUGUGCUCCAGGCAACCUAGUUUCUCCUCCUUUGCUAUACACACACAAACCCACAAAGACCAAUUCCCCCCCAAGCAAAGUCUGAAUUCUGUCGCUGGAAAGUUCCACACCUGCCCUGUGGGCCAUGGGCUUAUCUUGCCCAGGGCUGGCCCAGAAAAUGCAGCUGAAGUGAGGGCACACGGCAAGGGGGGGGGAAGGGAAGGAUAUCUUUCCAGCCUGGAGCGGAUGCCAUCAGCUGGUGUUGAAGACCCCUUGGGAAAGCUUGGCAAGAGCAUGCCAGAUGGCGCCCGACCCUCCAUGUCCCCACUCUCGGUAGGAAUGGAACGGGACCACAGAACCAGAUGGGAAGGAGCAGCGGGCAUGGGAGCAGUCAAGAGAGUUGAGACGAGGAACAGCACAUCAGGAGACGAGGUGGGGUGGGAAGUUGCGCUGUGGGUCAGGGAGGGGGAGUUGGGAAGCGAGUUAAAAGCAACCAAACAGAGGAGAUGGAAACAGAGGAAGCGGCCUCACACCAAAGGCAGACCAUCUGUCUCCAUGAGGCUCACUGCUGCAUGCACCAACCGGCAGCAGGCCCCCGGGGUUUCAGGCAGAGGCCUUCCUUAGCCUUAUGCAGAGAUGCCCUAUGUGGCCUAGGACCUUAAGGUCCACAAAUGACAACACCUUGGAGGUCCCAAGUCGCAAGGUGGUUAGAUUGGUCUCAACGAGGGCCAGGGCCUUUCCAGUACUGGCCCCGACUUGGUGGAACGCUCUGUCACAAGAGACUAGGGCCCUGUGGGACUUGACAUCUUUCCACAGGGCCUGCAAGACAGAGCUGUUCCAUCUGACCUUUGGUUUGAACUCAGUCUGACCCUUAUGUUUCCGUCCCCUUAUGGUUUUGAUCUAUGGGCUACUAUUAAAUGAGGCUGCAUUUUAAAUUGUAUUUAAACCCAUAUUUUAAAUUGGUCCCCCCCCCCCAUUAUGUUUUUAUUGUAAUUUUACUGCUGUUAGCUGCCCUGAGCCUGGCUCUGGCCAGGGAGGGCGGGGAAUGAAUGAAUGAAUGAAUGAAUGAAUAAAUAAAUAAAUAAAUAAAUACAACUGAUACAAUUAAGCAAUUAAGCCCUGCCAGAAACCUACCCCCACUUCUAAAGGGACAGAAUCAUGGUUAGAAACUGAAGUUGCUGAUGGUUGAUUUCAGGAAAGCAGCAAUCCUUUAAGAGACUCCGUUGAAGUAAGUCCCAUUGAAUUUAACAGGACUUGCUUCUGAGUAGACAGAUAUAGGAUUCCAUGGUGAUUCAUUUAAUCUUGAGGGUGGAAACCAAAGGCUGAAGCUCCUUGAAAGGGAGGAAACCAAUAGCAGGGGUGGGUACUUCUGCUGUUCCCUCUAAAGCUCUCUGUAAACAGGAGUAACCUGAGAAUUAUAUAAGGAAGCCAAAUACUUGGGAGGUAUUUCCCAGUUUAAACAGGGGCUGUUGACUUGAGGAUAACCUCCAAAAAAAGCUCAGUGACAUAAGAUGCUUCUUUGUGGCUAGAAUCCCAAAAAGCCCCACAGGCGUGAGACCCAUUGUGGGUCCAGAUCCUGGCCUGAGUGCAUCCAACUGGAGGGGCAGAAGUAGUUGUAAAUUCCAGUAUGAAAAAAAUUACAGGGCACAAAUGAUGUCUGAAGAUUUCGAAACUGAAUUCAGAGUAAUUAAAAAACCAGGAAUUACCUAAAUCAGGUACGAGAAACUUGUGGCUUCCAGAUCUCCUCAGACUCCAACUCCCAUCGUCCCAGAUUAUUUGCCAUCUUGGCUGAGGCUGAUGGGAAUUGGAGUUUAGAAGCAUGUGAAUGAGAGCCACAAACUGCUAAUCUCUAGGCUGGAGUCAGGAAGACAGAAAUUAAAUCUGUGGGAAUGUUUACAGUGUUCAAUGCCUGCUUUUGAGCUUCUCCAUAGCGUAAGGUGCUCUAGGCAGAAUAACGGUGCUUGCAGGGUCAUAAUCGGUUAUAUAAAGAAACAAGGCAAUAUCCCCAGUAGCUACAAAGUGAAUUGGGUUAUGGGUGCAAACAGGUUCAGAAGUUGAAGCUGUGGGCCAGGGAAGGUGGUGCUAGUCUGACACCUUGUGGAAACAACCGAUACUACAGGCGCUCAAAGGAGAGCGCAAAAUAUGGUCUGAAGCUCAACAUCAAAAAAACAAAGAUCACGGCCACUGGGCCCAUCACCUCCUGGCAAAUAGAAGGGGAAGAAAUGGAGGCAGUGAGAGAUUUUACUUUCUUGGGCUCCAUGAUCACUGCAGAUGGUGACAGCAGCCACGAAAUUAAUAGGCGCCUGCUUCUUGGGAGAAAAGCAAUGACAAACCUAGACAGCAUCUUAAAAAGCAGAGACAUCACCUUGCCAACAAAGGUCUGUAUAGUAAAAGCUCUGGUUUUCCCAGUAGUGAUGUAUGGAAGUGAGAGCUGGACCAUAAAGAAGGCUGAUCACCAAAGAAUUGAUGCUUUUGAAUUAUGGUGCUGGAGGAGACUCUUGAGAGUCCCAUGGACUGCAAGAAGAUCAAACCUCUCCAUUCUGGAGGAAAUCAGCCCUGAGUGCUCACUGGAAGGACAGAUCCUGAAGCUGAGGCUCCAAUACUUUGGCCACCUCAUGAGAAGAGAAGACUCCUUGGAAAAGACCCUGAUGUUGGGAAAGAUGGAGGGCACAAGGAGAAGGGGACAGCAGAGGACGAGAUGGUUGGACAGCGAUCUCGAAGCUACCAACAUGAAGUUGACGAAACUGCAGGAGGCAGUGGAAGACAGGAGUGCCUGGCGUGCUCUGGUCCAUGGGGUCACGAAGAGUCGGACACGACUAAAUGACUAAACAACAACAACAACACAGGAGCUCAGUUGAGACUGCCACCAAGAUCCAGAGAGAUGUUUCUCCAGAAAGAGAUGUUUCCUGAGAGAAGGGAAACGAGCAUAGCCCCAAGGAACUGUGGAGAGGGGAGGAUAACAGAGCAAGAGGCAAAUGACAAUGUUAAGAGGCGGUGUCGGAAGCUGAAGGGGUAACAGGGUUUAGUGAGCAGGGAGAGUCUGUGGCAGAGGAAAUCCAGAAUUGGAGACAGAAGCUGAAGCAGGAUUGUGAUAGGAGGGAGGCCAAAAGGCAGAGAUGAGUCAGGUUGGUGAAAAGUCAUGGGUGUCUCCUCCUCCUACUGCGACCAGCUCCCCUUCUCCUGGUCUCCUAGGACCAGGAGAGGCAUGAAGUGGGAGUAGCAAAGGCAGGCACACAGAUGCAGUCUCAGAAUGCUUGGGGGGAAACCCUGGAGAGGAGGGGACUUAGGCAGCUGUGGAAGUGGGGGACCUUCAGUCUCCACAGCUACCUCAUAGGGGCAAGCCCUACCAAAGAACAGUUGCUGCAUUCAUUGGGCCCGGCACCCCUGUGCAUAUUGUCUUUUUUUUCCUAAUACAGUAGUACCUUGGAAGUCGAAAGGAAUCCGUUCUGGAAGUCUGUUCAACUUCCAAAACGUUCAAAAACCAAAUUGCGGCUUCUGAUCGGCUGCAGGCAGCUCCUGCAGCCGAUCAGACGCCACAGAAGCCCCAUUGGACGUUCAGGUUCCAAAAAAAUGUUCGCAAACCAGAACAAUCACUUCGGGGUUUGUGGCGUUUGGUAGCCAAAACGUCCGAGUUCCAGGGCGUUCGACAACCAAGGCACGAUUGUAAAGCCUUAACCUCACUUACUCUGUGUGAUUUACUGCUGGCUUGCUCCUGAGCACUGCAGCCUACUUCAUCAGAUGCAUGAAGCCUUGUUUUAAAUUGCAGGCUGAUAUACACAAGGUUAAGGGAAGUGGGUGACGCUGUGGGUUAAACCACAGAGCCUAGGACUUGCUGAUUAGAAGGUCGGCGGUUCGAAUCCCCGCAACGGGGUGAGCUCCCGUUGCUUGUCCCUGCUCCUGCCAACCUAGCAGUUCGAAAGCACGUCAAAGUGCAAGUAGAUAAAUAGGUACCACUCCGGCAGGAAGGUAAACGGCGUUUCUGUGUGCUGCUCUGGUUCACCAGAAGCGGCUUAGUCAUGCUGGCCACAUGACCCGGAAGCUGUACGCCGGCUCCCUCGGCCAGUAAAGCAAGAUGAGCGCCGCAACCCCAGAAUCGGUCACGACUGGACCUAAUGGUCAGGGGUCCCUUUACCUUUACCUAUACACAAGGUUGCUGGGGCACGGGUGGGACUGAGAACAGUGAGAUCAGCAAAAGAAUGAAACGCAGAAAAGCAGCCAUGGAUAAUUAUGUUAAAGUGGCUGUUCACAGAAACCCCACACAAAUGGGUUGGAGUUGAUAGCGCAAAGAUCCUGUCAUUGGCCAGCUAAUUUGCAUGUGUAGUGUUGCUGUUUUUUUACCACAGGACAGAGCAUUAAACCUCUUGGUGAAUUGUGAAAUCGGCAGCUUCACAGGUGCAGCCUCUCUUUGAAGUUCCUUGUUCCAGAAAUGCCCACCUUAAGGUGAAUUACAAAGCGUCCUGUGAGGUUGAAACGUCCCCCCUCCCACUCAUUUUUUCCGGAUAUUGGCAUUUCUGCUGCUUUAAAUACCUUCUGCUCACAAACCAUUAGCACCCACUACUUGCUACAUAUGCAUACACCCUGUGUAGCCUGAAGGCUACACCUUCAUUGUUGUUUCUCACUCAGAAAUAAAUAGCAGGGUACUUUGGAGAAAGGUACAGUGGUACCUUGAUUAAGAACUUCAUUCGUUCUGGGGGUCCGUUCUUAACCUGAAACUGUUAUUAACCUGAGGUACCACUUUAGCUAAUGGGGCCCUCCCGCUGCCGCCGCCGCGCGAUUUCUGUUCUCAUCCUGAAGCAAAGUUCUUAACCCGAGGUACUAUUUCUGGGUUAGCGGAGUCCGUAACCUGAAGCGUCUGUAACCUGAGGUACCACUGGGGGCAGCCUUCUGGGGGCAGCAUGUCAGUGGUGUGGGGGGGCACAGAAGAGAAAGCGACAAAGCAGCGAAUGAACCCAUUUUGCCUCUGUAUACAGGUAACCUAGUUUCUACACACACCCUUACACGGCUGGUGAGGGGCACCUCUCAGGAAAAGGAUGUGUGCCAGAGGAAACGGUGCGGAUUGUGUCGAGUCCUGAAGGUCAAGUAGAGAGGCGUGGAGGUAUUGGCACCAGGGCACUCGUCCCUUGUUUAAAUAGAAGCUGAUGGAAGCGCCAAGCCAUUUUCCUCUGCUGCCCUCUUGCUAGCUCAGGUCCUUUCCAGUCCAAAAAAUCAAUCUUUCUAAAGGGUGCCUUGCAUCUGAAACAAAACUCUUUCUGAUCUUCCUUCUCUGACCCAAUUCUACAAUAAAACGUCCCCAAUGGCCACCAUCCCAUAAUGAUGUGAUGUGCUUUUCUACCACCUUUGUGGUAUCCACAUUCUGGAUCCACAUAUCCAGAAUGGUGGAUGUGGAUGAGCAUUUGCAGACAAGAAGUAAGGCAGAAGAGGAAUCAGUACACUUUUGGAGGGCAGAAAGAUGCAGUCCCACGGUUUGGGAAGCAAAAUGGCUGCCCGCACACAUUUUGGAAUCAGUGUUGCUUUCCAAAACUAAUCUGUACAUAUGGAAGGGAGAAGUGGGGUUGGGAGGGACAGAGUCAGGACACUUCCUAAGCUGUUGCUGUUUCACACGAUGGCAAACUUGGGUUGCACAAGUACAGUGGAUUGGGAGAUCUUGCGCAACAAACCCGUUUCCCAAAAAAGAAAGAGGCUCCUGCCUUGUUUUACUUUAAGUAACCAAACAAUUACAGGUAAACCCCUGUAUUGCAAACCUUUAUCAGUAAUAUCCAAGGCAACACGACGACCAAGUACAACAGCGCACUAUCAAUAUAAACUCUUUAUAUAAUCUAUACGGAACAUUGAACAAUAUGAAAAACCAAAUAAACAGAAUCUCAUAAAUCUCUCAAAGUCACAAAAUGUGCACUCUUGAUGGAUUCUGUUGAAAACAUAGAACCAAAUCAACAUAAGUCUUAUAAGUCUCUGAAAGUCUUUGUAGACUAUGCAAGUCUCUGAAAGAAGCAGUGGGUCAGAUUCUCAUCUGAUGAAAACAAGCCAUAAAGCUUUGUUUUAUGACGCUGCCGAAGUGGUCCACAAACAGACGUAGUGCCCACUGUUUCGUAGAAUUCUUCUUCAGCACAGCAGGAUAAAGAAAUGCUUCAUAAACCCAUCUAUAUGGUGAAUGGAAUUGUAUAAUAAUAUCUAUGGAGCAGUUAUGUUAUAUGGGCACUUCCGAGCAGGGCUGGGGGAGACCUCUGCCUGAAGCCCUGCAGAGCCUUUGCUAGCCAGUGUAGAUGGACAGUUCUGAGGUAGACAGACCAGUGAUCUGACAAGCCAUAAAACUAAUUCCUACAUCCCUAAGGAACUAGCAACCGACUUGAGUCUUGUCACAUUCAACCCACUACACUUCAAAAAUCCUCGAGAGUUGGCAUCCGUUUCGAGAGACAAUAGAGUGCGCCUCCAGGGUUGAAGUCAAGCCACUGGAGAAUCACAGCACCUGCUGUGGCUGCAGAGACUGGCAACUCGUAACUGCUGCCUCCUGCGUUGCUUUUGAUGCAUUCGCAGCACUGAAGUGAUCUCUCGGGGGCGCACUACUGGGCAGUGUGUGUGGAGGUCCGGGGCUGCCCAGACAACAAGACCCCCCCCUCAGCCUUGCUGAUGUGGUCCAAAGGAAAGCAGAGCAAUACAUUUAGCACCAGCUUGGCUGCAGGAGGGGGGUGUACAAAGCACCAUCCAACUGUCUUAGGGACUCCACUCUGGAUUUGUGUAGGUUUUAAUCCUUAGCUGUUUUGCCUCCCGUAGAUGUCCCACAAGGCAGCGGGUAAAUCCUACAGAAAUAUCGGACUUAUUCUAUGCAGACUUAAGCACCACCUAAACCUAUUCAGAUCAAACCUCUCUUCCUUCCUUCGGCUUCUGAUGGCAAGGACUUAAUCCUUACUAUGAAGGACAGCGAAGUGUUGGGUGGUUGCUGGAUGCUGGGGGGACAGGUGGUAACCCCUGCUCUGUUCCCUCUAAGCCUCUAGCUCAGGGGUAAGGUCUCUGCCUUGCAUGCAGAAGGUCCCAGAAACUCUGAACCUGAUACCCUAUCCGGGUAGGCAAACUAAGGCCCAGGGGCCAGAUCCGGCCCAAUCGCCUUCUAAAUCCGGCCUGCGGACGGUCCGGGAAUCAGUGUGUUUUUACAUGAGUAGAAUGUGUCCUUUUAUUUAAAAUGCAUCUCUGGGUUAUUUGUGGGGCAUAGGAAUUUGUUCAUUUUUUCUCUCUCCAAAAAUAUAGUCCGGCCCCCCACAAGGUUUGAGGGACAGUAGACCGGCCCCCGUGCUGAAAAAGUUUGCUGACCCCUGCCCUAGAGAGCUGCUGCAAGUCAGAGUACACAUCACUGUGCUUAGACAGAAACAAUGGACUGACUCAGGCCGCUCCCGGUGCCAGUGUCAAACUAAGGGUAAAAUGCCAAGCAGAUCAGUUUCAAUGUGUGCAGAUCAGGUUGAUGUGUGUGUCCUUACUUUUAUCUUAUCUUGUCCUUUGCCUCGGGCAGCAAAACUUCCUGGGAGGUGAAAGGGAGGCAUCAUGGGAUGGGAGCUGAAAGUUAACGGGCUCCUGAGUAUCUCAAAGCCCAACCCAAGGAGGGAAAAACCAAAACUGAUUUGAGUUUCCUGCAUUGGACUAGAUGACCCUCCAACUCUACAGCCCGGUGAUUUUCCAUGAUUGCAUUCAAUGGGGUUUGCAAGGUCGCUGUGCUUAAGGCUGCACACCCCCCCACCCGUCCAUAUGCCCCAGGCCCACAUUUCGUAACUACUGAAACCCCAGAGCGAUUGCCAAGUGGCGGGGGAUUAAAGGGCGGCGGCGGAUCAUUGGGGCUGGAGCAGCCCUGGGGGGUGGCGGCAGGGGUAGGUGUCUUUCUGCCGUUGGUCGACAAGAAGAGGGGGCGCCCGGAGGAACCCAGAGCCCGCCCUGCCUCGCUGUAACUUGGGGGGGGGCGGAGGAAGGGGGAAAAAAAACUGGGAAGAAUGGAACUUUGUGUCAACGUGGCGCCGGCCGGCCAGUCCCGGAGCCCCUCGGCCACGCCCCUGGGCCGACGGCGGCCUCCGAUUGGGCUCUGCGGGGACGGGGGGCGUCGCCCUGGCGGGCAGGAGGGCGGGGCGGGUAGACACCAGCCGGGCAGAAGAUGAGACGGGGCGGCACUUGCCGAGGGAGCAUCCAUCGCGCGGGCUGCGGCUGCUGGUGAGCUGGGCGAGGGGAGAGGCGCUCUUGCAAGAGGUUUGCAUGCUGGGGCUGUGGGGUGCGGGGUUGCAGGCAAGCGGGGCUCAGAGGCGCGGAGGAGAGGUGGGCGCCUCGACUUAGGAGAGGGGAAGGGGCCUGCUGGAGACCCUGAGGAAGGGGGGGGGAAUCUUUAAUAGGGAGCGGAAAACGCGAGAGACACGCGGGCAUUGUAAUGCACGGAUUGUGCUUUUUUCCCUUUUUGCAGGGUGCAAUGCCCGGCGGAUUCAAUUAGUCGGGGCAUCCUGAUAGGUGCUGAGCUUGCAGACUGCCGCGGUGGACGGAAGGAAUUGUGAUUUUCCGCCCCCGCCAGCCCCACAACUAGCCUCUCGUGUCCCUCGGAAAAGAGCAGCGUGGCUGCGCUGUGCGUUGGGUUGUUGCGGCUCUUGGGUCAGAAUUGGUGCUUGAGGUUGGGCAAAAGUAGAGGCACUCUUUGGGGGCGGCGUAGGGGGGCUAUAUUGGCCCAGAAGUUUGCUUCGGACCCACAUCCUUUAUGCCACGGACAUCUCACGUGGUGCUUUCGGGGAGUCUUGCAUCUCCCAGCAGCGAGCAUGGCCUAUAGUCAGGGAUGACCACGUUGGCUACCCCUGCCGUAUAGCCCGCUUCUCCAUCCGGCCCGUUUCCUGAUGUGAGAUGCCAAUCCCCCUCCCCCUUUUGUCCUGGGGUUAGACAUGCUUCCCUUCCUUUCUUCAAUCGGAGUGUAGUUAUCAGUGUCGCCUUAUUCUGAGACACUGUCUUUGUCUAAACUUGUGGCUUCCAAAGUCUUUGCAGUGUUGGAGGAGAAAGUCGCUUGUGUUUUCCUUCUCUCUAUCUUUGGCAUGUUAGCUCUGCUUCCCUUCUAAGGCAGGUUGCUUUGUAUAUCUGGAAGGGCUCGGUUUUAGUUUUGCACAUUUCACAGCGGCGCGGUAGUCUGCAGGUGUGGGUUAGGGAAGAGCAGUAGUUGGGAGAUGGAGGAGUGGAGUGGUGUACAGCUUGUUUCGAGCCCCAAAGUUGCCUUUUCCUAGUGGUUUAAAUAAUUUGGCAUCGGAUGUGUCUUCUUUGUACCGCAGCCCAGGAAGUAAUGUGUUGUUCUGAUUCUGCUGUCACUUUCAUCCUCAAUAAGCUUUGUUCCCAGCGAAGUGGGGACAGCUUUAAUUCAGAUGCCUCCAGGAAUUGAACAUUCUGUAUUUUGGGCAGCACAGUUGGGAACUGGCCUAGUUCCCCUAUGCUGCUGGGAUUACUGAAUUUAUUCUUCUCCUUUUUUUAGUUUGCCCUCGAAAUAGCAGGCGCAGUCCUUGUUUCAGAACUUCAUCUCUCACUCCAGGUCCUUAGAGCUCAAGAGAUCCAGUGGUGUUCUGGGUUAAAAUGAACAGAUUACAAGCCGGGACUCCUGGGUUCUCUUUGUGGGUCAAAACUCCCAGCGCUCUCUAAAAGAGAAACUUGCGUGCAUGGCUGGGUGAAACGGAAUCAAAGAAGGUGGAAGCUCCUUGUUUCUUUGGUAUGGGAGAGUGGGAACAAUUGAUGAGCUUGGGGGCAUCUUAUCUAUGGUGUUCGAGAGACAAUGGUUAGAAUCAAAAUUAAAAAAUAGUCCAGUAGCACCUUAGAGACCAACUAAGUUUGUUCUAAGUAUAGAAACUUUCGUGUGCAUGCACACUUCUUCAGCUGAAGAAGUGCAGUGGUGCCCCGCAAGACGAAUGCCUCGCAAGACGGAAAACCCGCUAGACGAAAGGGUUUUCCGUUUUUCAAUGCGCUUCGCAGGACGAAUUUCCCUAUGGGCUUGCUUCGCAAUGUCUUGCGAGUCUCAAGAUUUUUUUUCGCUUUCCCCCCCUUUUUCUAAGCCGCUAAGCCUUUAAUAGCCUUUUAGCAGCUAAGCCGCUAAGCCUUCAAUAGCCGCUAAACUGCUAAUAGCGCUAAUCCGCUAAUAGGGUUGCUUCACAAGACGAAAAAACCGCUAGACGAAGAUACUCGCGGAACGGAUUAAUUUCGUCUUGCGAGGCACCACUGUGCUUAUACCUAGAACAAACUUAGUUGGUCUCUAAGGUGCUACUGGACUAUUUUUUUAUUUUUUUAUUUCGACUGCGUCAGUCCAACACGGCUACCUACCUAAAUCUAGUGGUUAGAGUGCUGGACUGAGAACCAAGUUCAAAACUGAACAUUGGAUGAGCUUACGCCAAUCAUUCUUAUUCAGCCCAUCCUACCUCACCGGGCAUUGUGGUGAUGAAACCGGGGUGCUUGUUCUGGUAAAGAACCAUGCAUGUAGUACUGAGCUCUUUGGGAAAAUAUUGAGAAGGCUGUGGUGUUUGCUGCCCCCAUGUAUACUCUUCCAGUAGAGAUUCCAUAGACAUCCUCACAUUUGACUUUCAGCCACCUCUUGAAGACUCCCUCCUCCCCCCCAACAGACCUGUGCAGUUGUUUAAAAUCUUCUCUAGUAGCCAGUGAUUUUAGUAAUUGUUUUGUCCUGCUUUUAAUGCUUUUGUUUUGUUUUUAAUAAUAUUGCUGCAUUUCUGAGAGGGCAAUAUAUAAAUGCUUAUAUAAAUAAUAGGAAGAAACUGUAAUAAAUAAAUACUUGUUUAAAAGGAGUGUAGUGGGAUGAAGCAUGUAGCAAGUAUUGAGAAUCAUAGAAUUGGAGAGCUGGAAGGAACGCUGAGGAUCAUCUUAAUUCAACCUCCUGCAGGAAUAUGCAGCUGUCCCAUGUGGGGAUCGAACCUGCAGCCUUGAUGUUAUUAGCACCAUGCUCCAAUCAACUGAGCUAAGUCAGACGAUUUUGAAAUGUAGGCAAUGGGGCUUCCUGGCAUGCGAGGAAGUGGAAUAGCAUUCUUUCUCCACCGACAGUUAUACUGCACUUUACGGAGUAUAAGAGGACAGGUCCCUGCCCACAGGAGCUUACAAGCUAAAAUUGCCCCAGGCAGAUGAUGGAGAAAGGGGUAAAUCGGGAAGCAAUAUGUAGGUUGCUUCAGUUACACAUGCUUAGACUUAGUUAUGGGCUGAGUUGUAGCAGGGCAUGGGAACCAGGGGUGUGCGCCAAAGGCUUUGUGGGGGGAGUGGAUUUUGAGAGGGCGUUUGAAUGAAAUGAGAGAGGUGGCUCCAGGACAGGUGUACUCAGAGGCAGUUCAAAGUAUCUGGGGCAGUGAAGGAGGAGGCACAGAGCCUUUUGAGGGAGCAGAAGACCUUUGGAUGUUGGAGGGGGGUGAAGCUAAGGAGCAAAGAUAUCUCAGGCAGGAUUGUAUCAGGGUGUAAAUGGCAAUCAAAGUAGUGGGGAGACUCUGGGAACAAGGAUUCAAGUAUUGCGGGACUGGUUUGUGUGUGUAAAUAAGAAGAUAAACAGGGAGGCUGACUUUUUUUUUAGGUUGUUUUUGAAUAUUUCCAGGCUGCACUUUCAUAUGAAAAUAUUGCUGGAUAGCUCUGCUUGUUAGAGUGUGGUGCUGAUGCCAAGGUUGCAGGUUUGAUUUCCAUAUGGGACAACUGGACAACUGCAUUGCGGUGGGGGGCGUGUUGGACUAGGAAGAUCCUCAGGGUCCCUUUCCAACUUUGAUUCUACAAAAUAUCACAAGGCAGUAUACCAACCAAAAAAUACAGUAUUCCAGUGAAAAUAAAGAAACACAUCAGUUUAAGCUGGAUGUGAAAGAAUCUCAGAUUUGAAAGUCCAGAGUAGCACAGUUUUUAGAAGGCACCUGAAAAUGAGCAGAGGCCCUCCUGCCAAACUUCUGUUGGCAAGGAGUUCCACAGGACAGGGCUUGCUAGACUAAAGGCUUGGCGCCUGGUAAAGGCUAGUCAAACCAUAGGGGAGGGCACAUGGGAUCCCAAAAGCCAACAGAUGGCAGCUAAUAUUCCCUUGUCACCUUCCUGUCUUGGAAGCGGUGUGGAGUGUAGACCCAUUUGGAGCAAAGCUGGCUGGCUGAUGAUUUAUAUAUGCACCGUGUGUGUGUUUUCUUUCCUUACCGACCUUUCUUCCUUGUUCCCAAGUUGUGUACAAUGGCUUGGCAGAAGAUGCUGUUUUCCUCCUGCCUGUUGACUGUGUGCCUCACGUGGGUCUUGGCCAAGCCUCCCCCCGACAAAAAGGACCGCGUCCACCAUAACCAAGACUUGAGCGACCACCCUCACGACGACAACCAAGAUUUCCAAUAUGAUCACGAAGCCUUUCUGGGCAAGGAAGAUGCCAAAACGUUUGACCAGUUGACUCCUGAAGAAAGCAAACAGCGGCUUGGGUAAUUGGAACUCUGCUGUUGGGUGAAGAAUUUUGCAUCUUGAGGAGCUGAGGGAGGAGGAGCAAGCUUCUAGAUGUGUGUGGUUGAUGGCAUCUCAUGGGUUAAGGGGGGGGGACACACGUGAGUAGCAUUCCCCAUGUUCUAUGGGUAAGGCUUUAGUGCCUUGCAUAGUACAUUGCCCAUCUUCACAAGCUAGUGAAACUAGAAUAAAUUUCGCACAACAAGCAACCUUAACUAGCAUUGAUUUAGGUCAGCUUUCCACAACCUGGUACUCCAACUCCCAUCAGCCCCAGCCAAAGGUCAGGAAUGAUGGGAGUUAUAGUCCAAAACAUAUAGGUUGGGGAAGGCUGAUUUAGACAGGCUGCAUAAUCCAAGUGUUCUUGAUACAGAAUGUGGGUCAUCCCGAUGUCAUUCGCAGGCAGUUUCGGAGCACCUGAGUACAGUGGUACCUCGGGUUAAGUACUUAAUUCGUUCCGGAGGUCCAUACUUAACCUGAAACUGUUCUUAACCUGAAGCACCACUUUAGCUAAUGGGGCCUCCCGCUGCUGCCGCCGCCGCGCCGCUGCUGCACAAUUUCUGUUCUCAUCCUGAAGCAAAGUUCUUAACCCGAGGUACUAUUUCUGGGUUAGCGGAGUCUGUAACCUGAAUCGUAUGUAACCUGAAGCAUAUGUAACCCGAGGUACCACUGUAUUGCCACUUGCCUGCCACUAUGGCUUCCAGCGCAUUGUUGAUAUGGCAGUUAACCUUUGACCCUUUCCAGAUGUUGAACUCCAGUAUGGCCCGUGGUCAGGGCUGAGGGGAGUUACAGUCCAGCAACAUCUCAAAGGCCGCAGGUUCUCCACUCCUGCUUAAUAGCAUAAUACAAAGACCCCAUUACAAUUAGACAAGACAUUAUGCAAAACGCAACAAUCUGACAAGUGUGCAGUGCCUUAAAUUUCAUCGCGUUGACCAGAGACAGCACUUGCUUUCACCGUGUUACUCUUUUUUAUUAUUGGCCAAACACACACGAAAGAGUGCUGCAGAAGCCCUGUCACACAUUCCUCAAAUGUGUAAAUGGGCAUAAAGUGUUCAGGGGUGGGAACACAUGGUCCUACCUGCUCCGUGUUAAGAGGGAAGGUCUAAAUGGGUAUCUAAGCGUCUUCUGCUCAACAUGCUUAGAAGCCCCUUUAGACCAUGGGUACGCAAACUAAGGCCCGGGGGCCAAAUCCGGCCCAAUCGCCUUCUAAAUCUGGCCCGUGGACGGUCCGGGAAUCAGUGUGUUUUUACAUGAGUAGAAUGUGUCCUUUUAUUUAAAAUGCAUCUCUGGGUUAUUUGUGGGGCCUGACUGGUGUUUUUACAUGAGUAGAAUGUGUGCUUUUAUUUAAAAUGCAUCUCUGUGUUAUUUGUGGGGCCUGCUUGGUGUUUUUACAUGAGUAGAAUGUGUCCUUUUAUUUAACAUGCAUCUCUGGGUUAGUUGUGGGGCAUAGGAAUUCGUUCAUUUCCCCCCUCCAAAAUAUAGUCUGGCCCCCCACAAGGUCUGAAGGACAGUGGACCGACCCCAUGCUGAAAAAGUUUGCUGACUCCUGCUUUAGACCUUCCUGAUCAAUGCAGGAAAGUUUGGGGUGUGGGCAGUCUGUGCCCCCAAUGUCCAGGGUGGAGUAGGGCGUGCGCACCUGCUUGUCCCCCCACCCCCGACAUUUUAUGCCCACAUGCGUUCAUCUGGAUGCACAAAGAGGGAUUUUGUGUUCCCACUAAGCCAGUCUUUGGUGUUCUUCCAGAGAGGCCCAAAACUUAAUUUUAGAGACGAGACCUCCCAACCAUUUCAAACUAGUUUCCUUAAGGCAUCAGGUUUUCUGCCCGGCAGAGCAGAAAACUGACUGGGCAGUGAGGCGUUCUGCCUGGACGGGGAGAGCAAGUGGUGGCAUAGUGAAGAGAGCUGUAGCUUUUAAAUGUCCUGCUUCAAGUCAGGCCUUUCCUGUGCUAAAGCACUCCCAACAUGUCUGCCACAGGAAACUGCUGUGAAUUCUAGAAGUUUCCAGGGUAUAUUAUAGGCCACAUAUUUGGUUCGUACAGGGACCUGGCCUGGCUUUUUGAGCCUCACCACUUGCCCUGUGUGAAUUAAGAGGAUAUUCUGUGAAACACCUCCAUGCGUGUGUGUGUGUGUGUGUGUGUGUGUUUGCAAGGUAAGGUUGGUAACCGUGGAUACACUAGUUUCCAAGGAAGCAUGUUCACCAUUACUGGCUUUUUAAAUUGAGGAACCCCUGCUAAAAUUCCAGUUUACCUCAGGACUUUCUGAAACCCUUAUGAUCUCUUGGUCUGGGAAGACUUGAGUUCCGAUUACCAUUCAUUAUGGGAUCCACUUAUGGGCUCCUUUGAUGGAAGGUGCAAGGUGUAAAUUAAUUAAUGAUAAUGAUAAAUAAAUAAAUACCCUCAAAUCCAAUGUGGUGGUGUGGUUAGGGUGUUAAGUUACAACUGAGGACACCCCUCAGUUAUGAUGCUUCUUGGCUGUCCUUGAACCAGUUACUUCCUCUCAACCUAAUGUACCUCAGAGGAUUGAGGUGAUUUAAAAAAAAAUGAGAGGGGAGAACCGUGUCCUUUGCCUUGAGCUCCUUGGAAGGAGCGUGGGCUGUUAAGUGUAAUAAAAAAUUUCCUCGGGUUGAAGUCUCUUGAAUAUGAAGCGCCCUGGGUGGCCUUGGACAAGUAACUCUCACAGGUUGGCUGCGAAGAUAAUGAGGGAUUUAAUUCCCAUUAGUGCUAACCUGCAAGCAGAUGCCCCUUAUACCUGCACCCCUGAUGAGAAUACUGUGUAUCUUAAGGAGUGGAUAUCUUAAGGAAUGGAGAAACUGGACGGGGGGGUUAGGGUUUCUCCCUCUGUUAUAAUACAGUGGUACCUCGGGUUAAGUACUUAAUUCGUUCUGGAGGUCCGUACUUAACCUGAAACUGUUCUUAACCUGAAGCACCACUUUAGCUAAUGGGGCCUCCUGCUGCUGCCGCGCUGCCAGAGCACGAUUUCUGUUCUCAACCUGAAGCUAAGUUCUUAACCUGAAGCACUAUUUCUGGGUUAGUGGAGUCUGUAACCUGAAGCGUAUGUAACCCGAGGUACCACUGUACUAGAGCCAGGGACCAUCUAAUGAAGUUGAAUGUAGGAAGAUUGGGGACAGACAAAAGGACGUACUUCUCCACCCAGUGCUUAGCUAAACUGUGGAGUUCACUGCCGGGAACUGUAGCUCCUGCCUCUCUGAGCUGAAGUUUGCUUCCACCAGCUCUUCUCCCUCUGACUUUGAUGCAAGGACCAUUCUCAAGGCCUACAAGUGAUGAAUAUGAGUUAUUGAGGUGAGGGAGCAUCAAACACAUACCUGCCCGCCCCCAGAGAACAGGGUGCUUGCUUUCGUCCACUCUCCUUAGACCCAAAGAGAAAUAGCAUAGGACCAAAGAGAUGCUGGAACAGUAGAGAGAGGGGGGGGAAAGGGUUGCAUUCAGUCAAGUUCUACUCACAGAAGACCCACUGAAGUUAAAGCAUUGACAUUUUUCAUGCCCAUUCACUUAAAUAAAUAAAUAGAUAAAUUGUGAGGUCGUAAACAUAAGCACUCACAGUAAGAUGAUAGAAUCCAACCCUCAAAAGAUUCUAUCAUAUCUAUCUUAUCUAUAUCUAUCACAUGCCCAUUAAUUGCAGUGGGUAUCACUGUGAGUAUGAUGGAGGCUGGUACACACCAUCCAUUAAAAGCCUCCAAAGAAUCCUGGUAACUGUAGUUUACCCCUCACAGAGCUAGACCCCCCAGCACCCUUCAUUAACUACACUUCAAAUACAUGGUAUGUAAGCAGCCUGAGAUUGGAUAGAACCCAGUGUCUUGUGGGCAGCUGAACCCUAACAGGCCAUUUUAUGAGCUUUUAAAUAAAGUUUAAACUUUAUUCAGACUUAAAUUAAGAGUUUAACUAAAUAAAGAGGACGGCAAAGGAAAAGGAAAAGCAGUGCACGGAAAAAAAUAAAACACUUUUAGAAAACUAGCUAAAUCUAGCUUUACAUUCACACCAAACAAGGGUCCUCCUCGUGAGUAAUGCAGCAUCUUGGGUGGUCAGAGGGCAGGUAAAGGACAAGGAAGGAUGACAGAAUGUUGGCAAUGUUCCAUUUUUAAGAGCUUUUGACCCCAGUUGCUCCGGAUUGGCAACUGGCUCUGACCAAUCACAGGAGUUGCCCAUAACCCAAAAAAAUGCAUAGGGGUGAGAGGAGGAAGAAAACAAGGUGGCAGAGACAGGAAGGCGGGGUGGACGGCUCCUGUCAGAGUCGGAGAACAACUUUUACUUUGUGUAUUGGGAACGUGGCAGAAGCUACAUGGCCUGUCUGCCUCUAGAAAAUGGAAGCUGGGUGAAUGCAGAUCUUUAAAGGCUGGGGGUUAUGCCAGAUGCAGGUGGCACUGUGGUCUAAACCACUGAACCUCUUGGGCUUGCCGAUCAGAAGGUUGGCGGUUCGAAUCCCUGUGACAGGUUAGCUCCCGUUGCUCUGUCCCAGCUCCUGCCAACCUAUCAGUUCAAAAGCAUGCCAGUGCAAGUAGAUAAAUAGGUACCACUGUGGUGGGAAGGUAAACAGCAUUUCCAUGCACUCUGGUUUCUGUCACGGUGUUCCGUUGUGCCAGAAGCGGUUUAGUCAUACUGGCCACAUGACCCAGAAAGCUGUCUGUGGACAAACACUGGCUCGCUUGGGCUGAAAGCGAGAUGAGCGCCGCAACCCCAUAGUUGCCUUUGACUGGACUUAACUAUCCAGGGGUCCUCUGAAUACUAGCUAUUGGGACUCACAAAUGGGGACAGCUCCAUUGUGUUCAGUUCCUGUUUUGGAACUUCUCAAAGGCAUCUGGGUGACCAACUGAGAGAACAGGAGGCUGGACUAAAUUAGUUGGGCCUUUGGAGUUAUCUAGCAAGGCCUUUCUCAUAUUCGUAUUACGGACAUACCUUGGCCAUUUCCCUGUUCUCUAAGCCUGUUUGUUCUUGAACCUUCCCUCUGCAGAAAGAUCGUGGAUCGCAUCGACCGGGAUGGGGACGGUUUUGUGACUCAGCCUGAGCUGAAGGAAUGGAUCAAGCAUACUCAAAACCGCUACAUUUACGAGAACGUGAACAAGAACUGGAAGGACUAUGACAAGAAUAGUGAUGGCCACAUCACCUGGACUGAGUUCAAGAACGCCACUUAUGGCUUCUAUGAAGGUGUGGGCGGAGGAAGUGCUGUGUGUACGCACAGGAGAGUGGGAAGGGUGUGUAGUGGAUGUAGGCCACCUGGGAGAUUUCGGCAGGUUCUAGCUCAGCUCUGGAGUCAGGUGGAAGAGCUGUUUAGCGGGAGGGAAUGGCUGGCAUUGCAGCAUAUAUAAAAGCAUCUUGUGUCCAAGUAGUGCUGUGGAGCAGCCUGAGACCCCAGGCCAAAAUAUGUCUACAUUAUUUAAGAAACUGGAGUGGAUGGUAAAAUGCUGGUUCAUGCUUUCCCCCCUAACAUCACCCCCUAACAUUGGGAGAGGGGGAUGCACCCACCCCCCACCAAAAUUGUGGAGGAUAUUUGAAGAAAGUUCCUCUUUCUAAGAGGGCAAGCUGAAAAAAAGGGAAAAUCUCAGAAAUCCUCUCUGGUGUUGGGGGAAGGCCUUUUAGAUUCCUGAGGGAUUUUAGCUUGGCUCUGUCUUAAAUGUCCAGUUAUCUGGGGAUAACAGGCUCCAAAUGCUCUCUGAUCUGUUUACGCCAAUAAGUUCCCAGCGAAAUUGGCUGAUGGGCACAAGGACAAGGACUCAAGCUAAUCUGCUUCCUCUCCAUCACUUGUUGCUAGCAACCUAGUUGUAGCUGGCCAGGGCUCCCAAGGCUGGCUUGCUGCCUUGGGAGGGAGUGAGGGAGGGCAAAACAUUGGCCUCUCUCUGCUUCUGGCAAUUUUGUGAGCUCCUAGUGCCAGCUCUGAGGAAGCAAGCUGGCUGGCUGUGAGAAGCCAGUUUCAUCUCCCAGAAAUGCACAGAGGACUCACGGGCUGACGGCUGGUUGAGAGAGGGCUACAUUGGCCCCAUUAACCAUCAGCAUUAUUAAAAAAACAGAUUUAACAGCACAGUCAUAUCAUUGGUGCUGCCCAGCUGUUGGGGGGGGGGAACCUUUGCUGAAACAAUGAAAAGGUUGGUGCCAGGCAGGCCUUCCAGGAGAGAGCAUUCCAUUAAACAAGGGGCUACCACAGAAGUCUUGUUCUAUUGUUGUCGCCCUCUGGGCCGCCCUUGAGAACGGCCUCGGAUGAUUAUCAUGGGUCUGUCGGAACACGCCAGGGGGUCACACGCAGCCCCCGGGAUGAGACAAACCUCUCUGGUGUCUUCCUGAUGAAGCGCAAUCCUGGGACACUUAUAAAUCAUCAGUCCCGGUGCACGCCAGCAACACAUAUCUUGAAGACUAUGUGCACACUCUUAUCAGCAGAGUUUAGCAGAAACGAAGUGGAGUUUGGGUGUGUGCAUUCUAAGCAUUUAUUAAGCAGUAUAUACAGCACAAAGCAAUCAUGGCGUCUCUCCUCUUCUCCAAGAGAGAGAGAGAAAGUAAGUACAAAAGUACAGUAGAACGGAAGAGAUAAGACUAGCUUCCGUUCUCACACUUCCCAAGCCUAGGAAGUAAACACAGACAUGUGAUAUAACAAUCACACAUCCAGCAAUGGAGGAGUGAAAUGCUAACAGUGUCCUGGCAGGUUCAUAGGGGGAAAGCUGAACAUCUGCAGCAAGAACUGUCACCUAGUCGUGUAAAAUCCCACUGUGAUUUAGAACCCUGGAAAGUCAGGGUUCUAGUUCGUGCAGGGAGCAGAAAUAGCUCCCUGCUGCAGGUGCUAUACUCCCAACGGGGGGAGAACCAGUGAUGCAAGCCCUUGCUCCCCACCCCCACCCCACACAGUGGGAAUGCCUGUGCAUGACAUGGCACCCUUGGGCUUCACGUAUACUUCUUGCCUUUGAUGCCGUUAGGAGAGGAGUUUGGCGAUCUGGAAGACAAGCACUCCUACCGGAAGAUGCUGGCCCGGGAUGAGCGGCGGUUCAAGGCAGCUGACAAGGAUGGGGACAUGACCGCGACAAGGGAGGAGUUCACGGCCUUCCUCCAUCCCGAAGCGUUUGACUACAUGAAGGACAUUGUGGUGACGGUGAGGCUGGAGAUGGUGAACUCUUGGCGGGAGGAGAAGGCUCUGGUAGACUAGGGCUGCACACACGCUAUGCUUUUAUAAAGCACAUUCAAAAUGCAUUCCCCCCUUCAAAGAAUUCUGGGCAUUGUAGUUUAACCCUCACAGAGUUACAAUUCACAUAAACCGUUAACAAACUACAGGGCCCUGAACAAAGCUGUCAACUUUCAGAUUUGAAAAUAAGGGAUCAGCAGCCUCACCUGUCCUGGGGACAGUCUAUGGGAUAUCUAACAAUCCGGGAUAGCAGCGGGAAACGGUGCUGGAAUAAGGGAAUUUCCUGGAAAAAAAGGGAAGGUUGACAGCUAUGGCCCUGAAUUGACUCUUCCCUUGUGGCUUUCAGAGGAAUAAGCCAGCUGGGGGGUUCCUGCCAGAGGGGUCUACCGGACUUAUCGCUGCCAUGCCAAGAACACCUCAUGCGUCCCAGUCGACCAGGAACUACUGCCCCAGGCCUCAGACAAGCUCUUCACAGGCCUAGAUGGCAGGGAUUUUGUGUUGCUCUUUGUUUCCCUGAACCCAGUCCAAAACCUCUUUUUUCCUCUCCACAACUGGCCAUGACUUUUUGGGGGGGAGGCUACCCCACCACUGGGACGCUGGUGGUGCUGUGUGUUAAACCAAAGAGCCUAGGACUUGCUGAUCAGAAGGUCGGCGGUUCGAAUCCCUGAGACAGGGUGAGCUCCCGUUGCUUGGUCCCUGCUCUUGCCAACCUAGCAAUUCGAAAGCAUGUCAAAGUGCAAGUAGAUAAAUAGGUACCACUCCAGCGGGAAGGUAAAAGGUUUCCUUGCGCUGCUCUGGUUCGCCAGAAGCGGCUUAGUCAUGCUGGCCACAUGACCCGAAGCUGUACGCCGGCUCCCUCAGCCAAUAAAGCGAGAUGAGCGCCGCAACCCCAGACUCGGCCACGACUGGACCUAAUGGUCAGGGGUCCCUUUACCUUUACUUUACCCCACCACUACCACAACAUCCUUUUAGGUGAACUGCUAAAGCAGGUGGAAAGCAGCUGUGGCUGAGUGGCAGAGCACUUUGGCAGAAGGUCCCAAGUCCAAUCUCUCUGCCAUCUCGAGGCAAGGCUGGGAAAGAACCCCGCCUGAGACCCUGCCAGUCAGAGCAAGCAAUACUGAACUGGAUGGAGCAAGUGACGAGAAAUGUCUCUAGUCUGCAUAGCAAGAAACCCUCUAGUCCUCCCCAACUCCAUCGCAUUCACUUUUCAGGACCUUCCCACGUUGCUGCGGACGUCCCAUACCAAACAGCAGCAAUGAUUACAAAUCACCUCUUGCAAUGGUUGCCGUUAUUUCUUGAGUUUGGCAGGGCUCUGCUGUCCUCCAUGCACAGGUCUGUGUGUGGAGGAAGAUGUAUCUCCUUUUAUCAUGAUCCACCACACUGGUGUAAGCUGCUUUCCUUUCCGCCCUGCAGGAAACCAUUGAGGACAUCGACAAGAACGGGGAUGGCUUUGUUGAAGUAGAAGAAUAUCUUGGUAAGGUAGAAGGGCUGUGAAUGCACAGAAUUUGUUCCUUUGCUCACCUGCCUAAUUUGGCUCCUAGGAAAGUGCCCUGGUCGUAGGACAGAGCAUAAUAAUUGUUAUUUAGGACAUAGGAAAAUAAAUAUUUAUUUUUUAAAAGAAAUAAUAAUCAAAUGAAGUAGGGUUCUGCCAGACUGUCAGUAUUCUGCAGGAGGGAUUCAACAACUACAGAAAUUUUGCAGUUUGAAGCAACAAGGAAAUGGCAUGCAAAAGUAGGGUGAAGGGAUGAUUAAUGGGAAUACAUGUAAACACCCCACAAGCAAAUUGAGAGGAAUGCUUGCUGCCAUAGAACCACAACAAAAUGUUCAGUGAAGACAGGGCAUAGUCUAACCUCCACAUAAGCAUUGUGCAAGUAAAUCAAGAUGAUGAGUGUUGAAUAGAAUGCCACCUGGAGGCGCCUAUACAGUAAGAACAGCAACACAAAAAACCUUCCAAAUUUGGUAGAACGUGUAGCUUAGCUGAUUUGCUAAGACGAAUCGAGUCAGUCUUUCCGAAUCAUGCUGAGUGUAGCUGGUAGUUGUGAAAGGCUGUCUUCCAUUUUCAUAUAUGCUAUUAAACAGUGCCAUUGUUGUCCAAAGUCAUUGUCUGGCCUUUUUGCCUCUCUCAGCUAAGUUGUUGGUUUCUCUGGGGGAGGUUUCUUGUGGGGAGAGGGAAAAGGUUGUCUGGCCCCUGCCCCUUAUUGAACAAGGACUUAGUUGACUUGAGAGAGGGGCCACUUGCUUUGGUCUUCCCAAAUAAUGGUGGCAACUGUCUUUUAGAAAAAUAACACGUUUAUUUAUUUAUUUUGCUUAUUAUUACCAUUGAUAUCCUCGAAAGAUCUCAAAGUGGUAUGCAUUCCCUCCCCAAUUUCAUUCUGACAAUAACCCUGUGAGGGUAGGAUGAGAGACUGAGCAGCCCAAAGUCACCCAGUGGGCUUCUUGGCAAAGUUGGGAUUUGAACCGCAGUCUUCCGCGUCCUAGUCUUAACACGCUAACCACUACACCAAACUGUUUUCUGUCUUCUGACCAGGCGACAUGUACAGUCCUGAAACAGGGGAGCCCGAACCUGACUGGGUGAAGACAGAGCGUCAACAGUUCUUAGAUUUCCGGGACCUCAACAAAGAUGGCAAAAUGGAUCGGGAGGAGAUUGGGCACUGGAUCUUGCCAACAGACUAUGACCACGCCGAGGUGGAGUCAAAGCACCUCCUUAUCGAGUCGGACAAGGAUAAGGUGAGGGUAGAACCAGGCACGGAAAGGAAACCAGAGGGGGAAGGCACUAGGAUUGUUUUGCUUUUAGUAGACAAGGAAAAGAGAGAAAGAUGGGUGAGUUACAGGCAGAGUUGGAUGGGGUGAAGUAUUAGAACAGGAGAGAUGAACACCUAUGUGCAGGUAACAUGAGCUGAAGCUUUUUAAUUCCUAGUACUGAUAGGGUGACUUUCACUCUAAAUCUCUUGUCCAGUAAGUGGGAAUUUAGAAUGGAUGAGUCUCAGCAGAAGGGAUGCUUAAUCCUUUCCCCACCAGCUAUUUCUCUGCUUCCAAAUUGUGCUUGCUUCCCAUGGGGUUGUCCAUAUGCCUGCACCUUUAUAACACUGCAAGGGAGCGAGCCCAUUUGGCGGAGAUGAGCAGAAGCAGAGAAAUGGCAGGUAGGGAAAGGAUUAAGCACCCCUCCCCUAAGCACUUUCCCCACUCGAAAUUUCCUCCUCCCAUAGUUGCCUUCCUUACAUAAAAACAGAAGCGAGACUCUUGACAGCUGGAGCUGCCAUCCCCAUACUUUCUCAUCCGAAUGAAGGGAGAACCAUUAUUUUGGGGGAGUGCCACACCAUUCCUGACCCUGGCCUAGCCAGAACUCCUGCUGUUGCUUGUCAUAGCCAUUCCGCCUCAAACCAGAGGCUGUAUUUCUUGGUUUGCGAAAGAUGGAAAUGGGUCUGUGGUUGCUAAGCAACCACAGAACAUAUUUCUUAUCUCUGGAAAGUCGGAGCUAAUGGGCUUGAUCUGGGGGGAAAGCACGCAGUCAAACUCUAUCUAUGGGUACAGGUCUGGCUCAGUUUUGACUAGCAGGGGAGAGCUUUCCUGUUUGAGUAUCCCAUUUUGGUAAGUGGCUCAAGGCUAUAAACAAAGCCAGUUUCUGGAGCAAGAAAUCUAGAUCAACAGUGUUCAGUCCUGCCUUUGAUGGGGUUUUUUUCCCCAGUUCCCCAAUGUCAGACAAGAAACGGAUUUCAUCCUAAGGAGGGAGAUUUUCAAUUUGCCCAUCAAAUGAGCUCAUUAAUAUUUGGACUAACUAUGCUUUGAAAAUACCUUUUUGGUACCCUUUGCACUUCUGCCCAAGGGAGAGUAGAAAACGGGAUCUCAAAUAGCUUUCUUGCACUUGGGGUUGCAGUAUCUUUUGAUGGGGAGCAAACUAUUCUGCUGGGCUUAAAAUGCAAUACAAAUUUUAUCAGGCUGUCACAGACCUGGUAAAAACAAGUGAUAACCAUACAGGGUUUUUUUAAACUCUGCACAUAGUUAAAAAUAUAUGGUACUUACAUGAACUAAGGACAGAAGCAAGCUAAGGUACAAUUAAAAUAUCAAAUUCCCUUUAUGAGGUAAACUGCAGCAGAAAGAAGAAAUCUAGCAAUGUUGUUCAUGCCAGACAAAUAUAUAGGCCAAAUACCAUUCAAAAGUCCUUCCUGGCUAUUUUAAUAGGGCAGAAGUAAACCUAUUUCGCUUAUCUCUGUAAAAGUUGCAAACAAAAAGGGCAUGUGUUAAUACCCCAAAAUGUGUAUUAGUACCCCAAAACAGUCAUCUAGAACAGCAGAAGGAAGGCAGUUAAAUCUAGCCCUAAAUUUGUAAAGAGUUAAAUCGGAACAUUGAGGAUUUAGGAGGAAGCAUAAUCUGUCUGCCUUCCAAUAUAGUGGACAUUUUGUCCAAGGCUGUGGCAAGCUGCCCAGGUUCCUCUCCCAAGUUGUCCAUUAUAUAAAGAGGCAGGAGGAAAGCUUGCAAGUAACCGAAUUAGCACCCCUUAGACCACCCUCCACAAUUCUCUUCCUCAAAGAAAAAUACAUGCCUACACAGGUGUACGUCCCAUGGAGUUCAGUGCUGUGUAUAACCAGGUAGGUUGGUAAAGGAUUGCAGCCGUGCUAGAUCGGACCAAAGGCUCCUGUUCACACACUGGCCAGCCAUAUGCCCAUGGGAAGUCUCCCAAGCAGGGCAUGAGUGAAUAGUGCUUUCCUGCCCUUGAUCCCAACAACUAGUAUUUGAGACACGCAGCCUCUAAUAUAGCCAUCAGGACUUGUGGGCAUUGUUAGGUAGAAUUCACAGAGGGUAAGACUAGCUCCCUUUUUACAGCUGCCCAAGUUGGUGGCCAUCUCUGCAUAUUGUAGUGAAAUUCCAGAGUUUAUCUAAAGACCUAAAACAGCAAUCCCAUACACAAGGGAUGGGGAAUCUGUGGCCCUGCAAAUGCUGAUUACCCCAUUCCAUCGUCCUCAACUGCUGGCGGGGCUGAUGAGAGUUGUAGUCUAGCAACACCUGGAGGGCUGCAGGUUCCCCAUCCCUGCUAGACACACUUAACCUAGGAACAAAUCCUACACACAUAGGAUUGCACACAUUCUCAAAGCAUGCACAUAGGAUUGCAGUAAGUCUUAAAAUGAGGGAAGGGUAGAAAGUAAGUUUUAUACAAAGUUCUUUCUGUAUUUCCUGGUUGUUGAAUGGGGUGUGUGUGACAUAAAACAGUAAAGGGACCCCUGACUAUUAGGUCCAGUCGUGGCCGACUCUGGGGUUGCAGCGCUCAUCUUGCUUUAUUGGCCGAGGGAGCCGGUGUACAGCUUCCGGGUCAUGUGGCCAGCAUGACUAAGCUGCUUCUGGCGAACCAAAGCAGCGCACGGAAAUGUCGUUUACCUUCCCGCCAGAGCGGUACUGAUUUAUCUACUUGCACUUUGAUGUGCUUUCGAACUGCUAGGUUGGCAGGAGCAGGGACCGAGCAACGGGAGCUCACCCCGUCGCGGGGAUUUGAACUGCCGACCUUCUGGUAGGCAAGCCCUAGGCUCUGUGGUUUAACGCACAGUGCCACUCGCGUCCCUGUGUGUGACAUAGCUAGGGACUAUUAAAUGUGAUGGUGACAUUCCUGUUUUCUCUCAUCUUUCUUCAAAUCUUGAACAGGUAACUCGAAUGAGUCCCAUAAUCGAGUCCCUUAAUACGUAAUUUACUAACAAGGCAAAUGCAAUUUAGGGGUGGGGAGUUCAGAAUAAAAUUACCAGGGGUGUUAAUUGGGUUGUAAUUCUGCCUUCUCUGCUUGCCUCCCCGUUUUUUCUCUCUCUCCUCCUCCCUUUCCUUCCCCAUCACAGGAUGACAAAAUAACCAAGGAAGAGAUUUUGGACAAUUGGAACAUGUUUGUGGGGAGCCAGGCCACCAACUACGGCGAAGACUUGACAAAGGAUCAUGACGAGCUGUGAUCCGAGCGGGAGAGGAACGUACAUUAGGGCAUCCUCCCGCAACUGAGGGCCAAGGGGUGGGGUGGGGGACAAAGCACACUCCAGAAGGAAAUUUUGUUCUUAUUUAUUGGUAUGAGGGCCUGCUUAAGCUUUCUGAGAAACCUAGUGGUGGCUGGCAUACCUGGGUGGGUUUUCUCUUACACUCCAUUCCUGCUCGCCUGCACACUCCCACCUCGACAAAGCACUGUGAAGCUUGCUACACUACAAAAUUGUGUCUUACACUCCAAAGGACGAACAGAAGGCGGCAGCUUAAACGUUAUGCUCAACCCACCUCCCCUGGCUAUUGUGGCAUUCAAUCUGUUCUGCAAGAGCUAAUGUUGUGUUCAUGUUUGCGGAUCUCAAGGGACCCACUGACUCCCUCAGAUAGGCUCCUACUCCUCUAAGGGGCAAAAUUCUAACACACACACACACACACACACACACACACACACACACAGUGCUUCCCACAAGCCCAUUUUACCUUUCUAACACUCAUCUGGGACCCACUUGAGGGCGCAGAUGACCUGAAGAGGGUCAACUGAGAGCAGAAAACCAACAGCGAGUAGUGUGUACUAAAUCUCCUCCCACAAGCUACUUUUUGUUGAUGUAAAACCAGUCGCGGGCGUGUUGCCUGCAGCUGCGCUGUAAUGUCUAGUUUGCCCUGUGACUUGGAUUAAGCAUUGCUCUCUUGAGGUUCUGUGGUUCCUCUCUGUUUCCCCUUCCUCUCUAGGAUGGCAAGCUUUCGCGGGAGGAGUUUGUGGAGUUUCUUCAGCAAAGUAUCGCCAGCGCCAAAGACUAUGAAGAAGCAGUCAAGACGCUGAAGGGCCACCAAGAGCUGUGACCUCAUGACUGUAACACUCUGGAUUAUUAAUAAAACUAUUCCCCACCCACUC